AUGCCUGCUGAUAUUCGGAGCUUUUUUGGCGGCAAGUCUAGUCAAGGCUCCAACCCAUCUCCCGCAAAGCCCGCGCCGAAGAAAGAGGAGCCUUCUACGAGAAAAAAGAGGACUAGAAAGGUUGUAGACGACAGUGAUGAGGAAGAGGUUGUCGCUACCAAGACCGCAAGCCCGAAAGUGAAGGCUCCGAGCAAGCCGUAUCCAGAAGUAUCGAAGGGUGAACCCACAACUUCGUCAGACUAUUUCGCAUCUAGCAAGAAGAGAGGCAGGCCUGCCAAGGAGACCAAGACAUCCCAGCCUGCUGCCACUGAAGAACCUGAAGCGAAGCCGUCCCCGAAACCGAACAAGUCUACGAGCACCGAAAAACCUGCACCAAGACCUCAACGCGGUACACGAAAGGCUACCACAAUCGUUGAAGACGAUGAACUCGGUGACGAUGACAUCCAUGCGACAGAGUACAAGAAACCAGGCAGGGGGGAUGAUGAUUAUGUCGAGGAAGAGGACAAAGAGAGUGACAGUGAUUUCGAGGAACUUGCGGUAAAACCAGCCAGCGCCGCCUCCGGAAGACAGGGACGAAGGAAGCAGGCAGCUGCUGAAUCGGAUGAGGAUGUGGUUAUGGAGGAUCUGCCCAAGCGACCUUCCAGAGCUGCCAAGUCAGCCGCCUCUCAACCAGCGCGCAAACGCAAAUCCGAAGUUCUCGAGAAGGACGAGGAUUACGACACCAAAACUAGUCCUAAGAAGGCUGCGGAGACGAAAGCCGCUCCCCGUACCCCUAAGAAGCCAAGGGCAUCUGCCAAAACAGAUCGACCUGAAAGCAAGGAGAUCCAGGAUAUAUUCGACAGCAUACCUACGAUCAGACCACCCUCUCCUCCGCGCGAGACUGGUGAAAAGGCCAAGUUCAACUACGCUGCUCACGCACAGCGCUCGCGGUCGCCAGUAGCUGGGGGGGCGGACAUACCACAAGGAGCGGAAAAUUGUCUUGCAGGGCUUUCUUUCGUGUUCACUGGUGUCUUGGAUACGCUCGGCCGCGACGAAGGGCAAAACCUCGUGAAGAAAUAUGGUGGUAAAGUUACUGGGGCACCUAGUUCCAAAACCAGCUAUGUUGUCCUGGGAGCGGAUGCCGGACCCAAGAAGCUGGCAACGAUUAAGCAGCACAACCUAAAGACAAUCAACGAGGAGGGGCUAUUCGAGCUUAUCCGUCGACUUCCAGCCAAUGGUGGAGAUGGGAAAGCGGCAGAGCAACAUGAGGCGAAAAAGAAAGCCGAGGAAGAAAAGAUUCGCGCGAUGGCAGCUGAGAUCGACCGCGAGGAGAAGCGCAAGGCGGCGGCUGCGCGCAACACGGCUCCCUCAGGACCUCAACCGCCUUCAAGCUCGCAAAGUACGACGCAAAGCACGAAGACUGACGACCGCCUGUGGACCACCAAAUAUGCGCCGACAUCGAUGAAUAUGAUUUGUGGUAACAAAGGUGUUGUCGAGAAACUACAGAACUGGCUUCGCGACUGGCACAAAAAUGCCAAGGCUGGAUUCAACAAGCCAGGGAAGGAUGGAUCAGGAAUGUAUCGCUCUGUCAUGAUUCACGGACCGCCUGGAAUUGGCAAGACCACAGCAGCACACCUGGUGGCAAAGCUAGAAGGGUACGAUGUCGUGGAGACGAAUGCAAGCGACACAAGAAGCAAGAAGCUCGUGGAAAACGGCCUUCUCGGUGUUUUGGAUACGACCUCGCUACAAGGCUACUUUUCAGGUGUUGGGAAGAAGGUGGAAAGUGCGAAGAAGAACUUGGUCCUCAUCAUGGAUGAAGUUGACGGCAUGUCCGCCGGUGAUAGAGGUGGUGUAGGAGCACUCGCCUCCAUCGCCAAGAAGACUCACAUCCCGCUGAUUUUGAUCUGUAAUGAGCGAAGGCUCCCGAAAAUGAAGCCUUUCGAUCAUGUCACAUAUGAACUUCCGUUCAGGCGGCCGACGGCCGAGCAGAUUAGAGCCCGACUGUCGACCAUCUGCUUCCGCGAGGGCUUGAGGAUCCCGCCUCAGGUCUUGGACAGUCUGAUUGAAGGCACCAACGCGGACAUCCGGCAAGUUAUCAACAUGCUUUCAACCGUGAAGUUAGACCAGACAAACCUAGACUUCGAAAAGGGGAAGCAAAUGUCUAAAGCAUGGGAAAAGCACAUCGUUCUGAAGCCCUGGGAUAUUGUCGGCAAGAUUCUCAGUGCGCAAAUGUUCUCGCCCAGCUCAAAGGCUACGUUGAAUGAUAAAAUCGAACUCUACUUCAACGAUCACGAGUUCAGUCCUCUGAUGCUUCAAGAGAACUAUCUGAAAACACGACCGGCGUUGACUGGCGCCUAUCAUGGCAGAGAACAGAAGCUGAAACAGCUUGAACUAAUGGACAACGCUGCUUCAAGCAUCAGUGAUGGUGAUCUCGUUGACAAGAUGAUUCAUGGUACUCAGCAGCAAUGGAGUCUGAUGCCUACCCAUGCCGUGUUCAGUUUUGUCCGGCCAGCCAGCUUUACGUACGGAAACAUGAUGGAGCGGCCCGGGUUUACUAGUUGGCUGGGACAGAACAGUAAACAAGGCAAGCUUUGGCGUUACAUCAAAGAAAUUCAGGGUCAUAUGCGUCUUCGCGCAUCUGGUGAUCGAGAUGAGAUCCGACAACAGUAUAUGCCGCUCCUCUGGGACAGGCUAGUCCGCCGAUUAAUGGUGGAAGGCAAGGAUAGUGUCGACGAUGUCAUUGAUUUCAUGGACAGCUAUUUCCUUACGCGCGAGGACUGGGAUGCCUUGGUAGAACUUGGGCUGGGACCUAUGGAUGAAUCCAAUGUGAAGCUGCAGACACAGACGAAAGCAGCAUUCACACGGAUUUAUAACCAGCGCUCCCAUCCCCUCCCCUUCAUCAAGGCCAGCAGUAUUGCUGCUCCGAAGAAGAUGCCGAAAGAGAAGCCUGACAUCGAAGAUGCCAUUGAGGAGUCGGAUGAGGAAGAGGUGCUCGAAGACGACUCAAAGGACAACGACGAGAACGAAGAGCUCGAUUUGAAGAAGGACAAGUAUGUUCGCGUGCCCAAGAAGGCUGCGAAGGGCGGAGCAGCCAAAGGAAAGAAAUCGAAGAAGGCAGCAGCGGGCGAUGAUGAUUUUAUCGACGACGAGGAAGAGAAACCCAAGAAGGCUCGAGGCCGGAAACCCAAGGCCAAAUGA